UAUUUAGGCAGCUUAAGUAAGAAUAUAUAGGGCUUAACUAAAUUGACGGCCUUCUAAAAGUCUAGAAAGACCCCUAAAGCACCAUGCUGCUGUGUCUGGCUCUCCUUUUUACGUCACCCAUGUUUGCUAAUAUGGAACUUAACGAAAAGUGCUGCAGAACUCCAGACCAGCCAUUUUACACUGAUGCCAACAUUGACGAAACUCGCAUUCUCUUUAUAUUUAACUCAUCAAGUGGACUGUGCGAAAGUACUCUCAUUGUUCAAAACCACAAAGAUGUGUAUUCGUCGCGAUUUGAUUGCGUAUCACAAUGCAAUCCUGAUCAAGGUGCACCGUUCUGCGCCAAGGCUCCGAUAGCCGCUUGCACUCCCACAAAAAAAGAGGUCGAGACGGCAUCUACAUCUGUUCCAAUUACUGGCACAGAAGAUAACCAGGAAGGUGGAUUGCCUUAUUUGUAUGACUUUGACGACUGCGAUAUAUCAUAUUUUUACAACAUCAGUUCGCAGAAGUGCGAAGGAUACUAUGCGUACAAUAUUUUUAACAGAGAUGACGGGCUGAAUUACUAUCUGAGCGAUACAUACUGCGAUUUCGAUUGCGGUGGGUUUAAUGAAACAAACGUUUUUGAGAAUUCGACAAGCCACAAAACUCAAUAAGGUUGGAGCAAUCUUCCUGGGAUCGCACUUCCUUCUGAGUAAUGAGGGUUUUUCUCGCUGUUAUUAAGUAGGAGUGAAAUAAAUAUCAGUCAGUAUGUCA